ACUUGGCCUUUUUAUCUCACUGCACGCAGGGAGCCCACAGCCUGCGCCGCUGCAGUGGUUGGGAGCAUGGCCUAGGGCUGGUGGCACCUUCGGAAAGUGGCUGCGUUUCCCAAGGGACCUUGGAGAUCCCUGCAGCCCCCAUUUGCAGGAGAAGAUGGCUCUUGCCAGGCUCAUGUGGGUGCUGCUUGCUCUGGCCCUCACCUUGCCAGGGACCCCUUGUGCAGACCCUCUGAGCAGGCCUUCCAUGGGCCGAUGCAGCCUCUUCGGGGAUGACUUCGUCAGCACCUUUGAUGGCAGCAUAUACAGCUUUGCGGGGGACUGCAGCUACCUCCUGGCUGGAGACUGUCAGAAACGCUCCUUCUCGCUUGUUGGGGAUUUCCAAAAUGGCCACAGAGUGAGCCUCUCCGUGUACCUGGGGGAAUUUUUUGAAGUCCACCUGUUUGUUAACGGUACUGUGCUGCAGGGUGACCAAAGAGUCUCCAUGCCCUAUGCCUCUAAAGGGCUGUAUCUGGAAAGUGAGGCAGGGUACUACAAGCUGUCCAGUGAGGCCUAUGGCUUCGUGGCCAGAAUUGAUGGCAAUGGCAUCUUUCAAGUACUGCUGUCAGAUAGAUACUUCAACAAAACCUGUGGAUUGUGUGGCGACUUCAACAUCUUUGGUGAAGAUGACUUCAAGACUCAAGAAGGAACCUUGACCUCGGACCCCUACGACUUUGCCAACUCUUGGGCCAUGAGCAGUGGAGAACAGCGGUGCAAGAGAGCACUCCCACCCAGCAGCCAGUGCAACAACUCCUCUGAGGAGAUACAAAAGGACCGCUGGGAGCAGUGCCAGCUCCUGAAGAGUGCCUCGAUGUUUGCGCGCUGCCACCCCCUGCUGGACCCCGAGCCCUUUGUGGCCCUGUGCGAGAAGAUGCUGUGCACCUGUGCCCAGGAGCCCAGUUGCCCCUGUUCCGCCUUCCUGGAGUACGCCCGGGCCUGUGCGGGCCAGGGGGCCGUGCUGCAUGGCUGGACCGACCUCACCGCCUGCCGACCGGCAUGCCCUGCUGGCAUGGACUACAAGGAGUGUGUGUCCCCGUGCUCCAGAACCUGCCAGAGCCUGCAUAUCAAUGAAGUGUGUCAGGAGCAGUGCGUGGAUGGCUGCAGCUGCCCUGAGGGCCAGCUCCUGGAUGAUGGCCGCUGCAUGGAGAGAUCCGAGUGUCCCUGCGUACACUCUGGAAGGCGGUACCCCCCAGGAGCCUCCCUCUCACAAGACUGCAAUACCUGCAUUUGCCGAAAUAGCCUGUGGAUCUGCAGCAAUGAAGAAUGUCCAGGGGAGUGUCUCGUCGCAGGGCAGUCCCACUUCAAGAGCUUUGACAGCAGAUACUUCACCUUCAGUGGGGUCUGCCAGUACCUGCUGGCCCGGGACUGCCAGGACCACACCUUCUCCAUCGUCAUAGAGACGGUCCAGUGUGCCGAUGACCCCGAUGCUGUCUGUACCCGCUCGGUCACGGUGCGUCUGCCCAAGCUGCACAAUGGCCUCGUGAAGCUGAAGCACGGGGGCGGGGUUGCCAUGGAUGGCCAGGAUGUGCAGCUCCCAUUCCUGCAAGGUGACCUCCGCAUCCAGCACACCAUGAAGCCCUCCGUGCGCCUCAGCUACGGGGAGGACCUUCAGAUGGACUGGGAUGGCCGCGGGGAACUGUUGGUGAAGAUGGCCCCUGUCUACGCCGGGCGGACUUGCGGCCUGUGCGGGAAUUACAACGGCAACAGGGGCGACGACUUCCUGACGCCCGCCGGCCUGGUGGAGCCCCAGGUGGAGGACUUCGGGAACGCCUGGAAGCUGCUGGGGGACUGCGCCGACCUGCAGAAGCAGCCCAGCGACCCCUGCAGCCUCAACCCGCGCCUGACCAGGUUCGCAGAGGAGGCCUGCGCUCUGCUGACGUCCGCCAAGUUCGCCGCCUGCCACCAGGCCGUGGGCCCCGCGCCCUUCCUGCACAACUGCCGCUACGACGUGUGCGCCUGCGCCGACGGCCGCGACUGCCUCUGCGGCGCCGUGGCCACCUAUGCCGCCGCCUGCGCCCGCAGAGGCGUGCGCGUCCCGUGGCGGGAGCCCAGCUUCUGUGCACUAAGCUGCCCACAAGACCAGGUGUACCUGCAGUGUGGGACCCCCUGCAACACCACCUGCCGUUCCCUCUCUUACCCGGAUGAAGAGUGCAAUGAGGUCUGCCUGGAGGGCUGCUUCUGCCCCCCAGGGCUCUACCUGGAUGAGAGGGGAGACUGCGUGCCUAAAGCACAGUGCCCCUGUUACUAUGACGGUGAGAUCUUCCAGCCCGAAGACAUCUUCUCGGAUCAUCACACCAUGUGCUACUGCGAGGAUGGCGUCAUGCACUGCACCUCGAGCGUAGCCCCGGGAAGCAUGCUGCCCGACACGGUCCUCGGCCGCCCCCUCUCGCACCGAAGCAAAAGGAGCCUGUCCUGCCGGCCCCCCAUGGUUAAGCUGGUGUGUCCAGCCGACAACCCCCGGGCUGAGGGGCUAGAGUGUGUCAAGACCUGCCAGAACUAUGACCUGGAGUGCAUGAGCACUGGCUGCGUGUCCGGCUGCAUCUGCCCCCCGGGCAUGGUCCGGCAUGAAAACAGAUGUGUGGCCCUGGAAAGGUGUCCCUGCUUCCAUCAGGGCAAAGAAUACGCCCCGGGAGAGACAGUGAAAAUUGACUGCAACACUUGUGUCUGUCGGGACCGGAAGUGGAACUGCACGGACCAGGUGUGUGAUGCCACCUGCUCCGCCAUUGGCAUGGCCCACUACCUCACCUUCGACGGGCUCAAAUACCUGUUCCCUGGGGAGUGCCAGUAUGUCCUGGUGCAGGACUACUGUGGCAGUAACCCUGGGACCUUCCGCAUCCUGGUCGGGAACGAGGGGUGCAGCUACCCCUCAGUGAAAUGCAAGAAGCGGGUCACCAUCCUGGUGGAAGGAGGCGAGAUCGAGCUGUUUGAUGGGGAGGUGAAUGUGAAGAGGCCCAUGAAGGAUGAGACUCACUUUGAGGUGGUGGAGUCCGGCCGCUACAUCAUCCUGCUGCUGGGCAAGGCCCUCUCUGUGGUCUGGGACCACCACCUGGGCAUCUCCGUGACCCUGAAGCAGACGUUCCAGGAGCAAGUGUGUGGUCUGUGUGGGAAUUUCGACGGUGUCCAGAACAACGACUUCACCAGCAGCAGCCUGCAAGUGGAGGAAGACCCCGUGGACUUUGGGAAUUCCUGGAAAGUGAACCCACAGUGCGCUGACACCAGUAGGCUGCCUCUGGACUCCACCCCUGCCACCUGCCACAACAACAUCUUGAAGCAGACCAUGGUGGACAACUCCUGCAGGAUCCUCACCAGUGACAUCUUCCAGGACUGCAACAAGCUGGUGGACCCCGAGCCUUUCCUGGAUGUUUGUAUCUAUGACACGUGCUCCUGUGAGUCCAUCGGGGACUGCGCCUGCUUCUGCGACACCAUAGCUGCCUACGCCCACGUGUGCGCUCAGCACGGCAAAGUGGUGGCCUGGAGGACAGCCACGUUGUGCCCCCAGAGCUGCGAAGAGAGAAAUCUCCGGGACAGCGGGUACGAGUGUGAGUGGCGCUACAACAGCUGUGCUCCUGCCUGUCCCGUCACGUGCCAGCACCCCGAGCCGCUGGCCUGCCCCGUGCAGUGUGUGGAGGGCUGCCAUGCUCACUGCCCUCCAGGGAAGAUGCUGGAUGAGCUUUUGCAGACCUGCGUGGACCCCAGUGACUGCCCCGUGUGUGAGGUGGCCGGCCGGCGCUUGGCCUCGGGAAAGAGGAUCACCUUGAACCCCAGGGACCCUAAGAGCUGCCAGAUUUGUUACUGUGAUGGUGCCAACCUUACCUGUGAAGCCUGUGGGGAGCCCGGUGGACUGGUGGUACCCCCCACUGAAGUGCCCAUCAGCCUUACCACCCCCUACGUGGAGGACACCCCUGAGCCACCCCUGCACGACUUCUACUGCAGCAAGCUGCUGGACUUGGUCUUCUUGCUGGACGGCUCCUCCAAGCUGUCAGAGGCCGAGUUUGAGGAGCUGAAGGUCUUUGUGGUGGACAUGAUGGAGCGUCUGCACAUCUCCCAGAAGCGGAUCCGCGUGGCAGUGGUGGAAUACCAUGACGGCUCCCACGCCUACAUCGACCUCAGGGACCGCAAGCGGCCCUCAGAGCUGCGGCGCAUCACCAGACAGGUGAAGUACGCGGGCAGCGAGGUGGCCUCCACCAGCGAGGUCUUGAAGUACACGCUGUUCCAAAUCUUCAACAAGGUCGACCGCCCCGAAGCCUCCCGCAUCGCCCUGCUCCUGACGGCCAGCCAGGAGCCCCCGGGGAUGGCCCGGAACUUGGUCCGCUAUGUCCAGGGCCUGAAGAAGAAGAAGGUCAUCGUGAUCCCUGUGGGUAUCGGGCCCCACGCCAACCUCAGGCAGAUCCGGCUCAUCGAGAAGCAGGCCCCCGAGAACAAGGCCUUUGUGUUCAGCAGUGUGGGCGAGCUGCAGCAGCGGAGGGACGAGAUUAUCAGCCACCUCUGUGACUUGGCCCCCGAAGCGCCCGCUCCUACCCAGCCCUCACCAAUAGCACGAGUCACCGUGGGACCGGAGCUCUUGGGGGCUUCUUCCCCAGGAUCCAAGAGGAACUCCACGGUCCUGGAUGUGGUGUUUGUCCUGGAAGGCUCAGACAAAAUUGGCGAGGUCAACUUCAACAAGAGCAGGGAGUUCAUGGAGGAGGUGAUUCAGCGGAUGGACGUGGGCCAGGACAGCAUCCAUGUUGCCGUGCUGCAGUAUUCCUACACGGUGACGGCCGAGUACACCUUCCAUGAGGCCCAGUCCAAGGGGGAUGUCCUGCAGCAGGUGCGGGAGAUCCGCUACCGGGGCGGCAACAGGACCAACACCGGACAGGCCCUGCAGUAUCUGUCUGAGCACAGCUUCUUGGCCAGCCAGGGGGACCGGGAGGAGGCGCCUAACCUGGUCUACAUGGUCACGGGAAACCCUGCCUCUGAUGAGAUCAGGCGGAUGCCUAGCGACAUCCAGGUGGUGCCCAUCGGAGUGGGUCCUCACGCCGACAUGCAGGAGCUGGAGAGGAUCGGCUGGCCCAAUGCCCCCAUUUUCAUCCAGGACUUUGAGAUGCUCCCCAGGGAGGCUCCAGAUCUGGUGCUGCAGAUGUGUUGCUCCGGGGAGGGACUGCAGAUUCCCACCCUCUCCCCUGCCCCAGACUGCAGCCAGCCCCUGGAUGUGAUCCUCCUUCUGGACGGCUCCUCUGGCUUUCCAGCUUCUUACUUUGACGAAAUGAAGAAUUUCGCCAAGGCUUUCAUUGCAAAAGCCAACCUAGGGCCCCAGCUCAUCCAGGUGUCGGUGCUACAGUAUGGAAGUGUCACGACCGUCGACGUACCGUGGAGCAUGGGCCAGGAUAGAGCCCACCUGCUGAGCCUCGUGGACCUCAUGCAGCAAGAGGGAGGCCCCAGCCAAGUUGGGGAUGCUUUGGGCUUUGCCUUGCGAUACCUGACUUCGGAAGUCCAUGGUGCCAGGCCCGGGGCCUCUAAGGCAGUGGUCAUCCUGGUCACGGACAUCUCCAUGGAUUCCGUGGAUGCAGCAGCAAAGGCCGCCACAGCCAACCGAGUGGCAGUGUACCCCAUUGGAAUUGGGGAUCGGUAUGACACGGCCCAGCUGAGGAUCUUGGCAGGCCCUGAAGCCAGCUCCAACGUGGUGAAGCUCCAGCGGAUAGAAGACCUCACCACCAUGGUCACCGUGGGUAGUUCCUUCCUCCACAAAUUGUGCUCUGGGUUCAUCAGAGUUUGCAUGGAUGAAGAUGGGAAUGAGAAGAGACCUGGGGAUGUUUGGACCCUGCCAGAUCAGUGCCACACAGUGACUUGCCUCCCAGAUGGCCAGACCUUGCUGAAGAGUCAUCGGGUCAACUGUGAUGUGGGGCCAAGGCCUUCAUGCCCCAACAGCCAAUCCCCUAUCAGGGUGGAAGAGACCUGUGGCUGCCGCUGGACCUGCCCCUGUGUGUGCACGGGCAGCUCCACACGGCACAUUGUGACCUUUGAUGGACAGCAUUUCAAGCUGACCGGCAGCUGCUCUUACGUCCUAUUUCAAGACAAGGAGCAGGACCUGGAGGUGAUUCUCCAUAAUGGUGCCUGCAGCCCCGGGGUGAGGCAGGCCUGCAUGAAAUCCAUCGAGCUGAAACAUGAUGGCCUUUCGCUGGAGCUCCACAGCAACAUGGAGGUGGCGGUGAAUGGAAGGCUGGUCCCUGUUCCUUACGUGGGCGGGAACAUGGAAGCCAGCAUCUACGGCGCCAUCAUGCACGAGGUGAGGUUCAACCAUCUCGGCCACAUCUUCACGUUCACUCCCCAAAACAAUGAGUUCCAGCUGCAGCUCAGCCCCAAGACCCUUGCUUCACAGACUUUCGGUCUCUGUGGGACCUGCGAUGAGAACGAGGCCAAUGACUUCCUGCUGAGGGACGGCACGGUCACCCCAGACUGGAAGGCGCUCAUCCAGGACUGGACCGUGCAGCAGCCAGGGCAGCCAUGCCAGCCUGUGCCCGAGGAGCAGUGUCCCGUCUCCAGCAGCUCCCCCUGCCAGGUCCUCCUCUCGGCUCUGUUUGCCGAGUGCCACAAGGUCCUUGCUCCAGCCACAUUUUAUGCCAUCUGCCAGCAGGACAGUUGCCAUCGUGAGCAAGUGUGUGAGGCGAUCGCCUCCUAUGCCCACCUGUGUCGGACCAGUGGGGUCUGUGUCGACUGGAGGACCAGUGACUUCUGCGCUAUGGCAUGCCCGCCCUCCCUGGUGUACAACCACUGCGAGCGCGCUUGUCCGCGCCACUGCGAGGGCAAUGCCAGCGCCUGUGGGGACCACCCCUCUGAAGGCUGCUUCUGCCCCCCGCGCCAAGUCAUGCUGGAAGGUAGCUGUGUCCCUGAGGAGGCCUGCACCCAGUGUGUCGGAGAGGAUGGAGUGCGGCACCAGUUCCUGGAGACCUGGGUCCCCGACCACCAGCCCUGCCAGAUCUGCAUGUGCCUCAGCGGGCGGAAGGUCAACUGCACAGACCAGCCCUGCCCCACAGCCAGAGCUCCCACCUGUGGCCCAUGCGAAGUGGCCCACCUCCUCCAGAACGUAGGCCAGUGCUGUCCGGAGUACGAGUGUGUGUGUGACCAGGUGAGCUGUGACGUGCCCCCAGUGCCUAGUUGUGAAGAUGGACUCCAGCCCACACUCACCAACCCUGGCGAGUGCAGGCCCAACUAUACCUGCGCCUGCAGGAAGGAGGCGUGCAGAAGAGAGUCCCCGCCCGCCUGCCCCCCGCACCGGACGCCGACCCUCCGCAAGACCCAGUGCUGCGAUAAGUAUGAGUGUGCCUGCAACUGUGUCAACUCCACCGUUAGCUGCCCGCUGGGGUACCUGGCCUCGACUGUCACCAAUGACUGUGGCUGCACCACGACCACCUGCCUCCCUGACAAGGUGUGCGUCCACCGAGGCACCGUCUACCCCGUGGGCCAGUUCUGGGAGGAGGGCUGCGAGGUGUGCACCUGCACGGACCUGGAGGAUGCCGUGAUGGGCCUGCGGGUGGCCCAGUGCUCCCAGAAGCCCUGUGAAGAUGGCUGCCGGGAGGGCUUCACGUACGUUCUCCGCGACGGCGAGUGCUGUGGAAGGUGCUUGCCGUCUGCCUGUGAGGUGGUGACCGGCUCACCUCGGGGGGACUCGCAGUCUUCCUGGAAGAGUGUCGGCUCUCAGUGGGCCUCCCCGAACAACCCCUGCCUCAUCAACGAGUGUGUGCAAGUGAGGGAGGAGGUCUUCGUGCAGCAGAGGAACGUCUCCUGCCCCCAGCUGGACGUCGCCCCCUGCCCCCCGGGCUUCCAGCUGAGCUGUAAGACCUCACAGUGCUGCCCCUCCUGUGGCUGCGAGCCCGUGCAGGCCUGCAUGCUCAAUGGCACCAUCAUUGAGCCCGGAAAGAGCCUGAUGAUUGACGUCUGCACAAACUGCCGCUGCACCGUGGAGGUCGGGCCGGUCUCUGGAUUCAAGCUGGAGUGCAGAAAGACCACCUGCAAGGCCUGCCCCUCGGGUUACAAGGAAGAGAUCAUUGCAGGUGAAUGCUGCAGCAGGUGUCUACCUACAGCUUGCACCAUUCAGCUCCGGGGAGGACAGAUCGUCACUCUAAAGGCUGGGGAGACUCUCCAGGAUGGCUGUGACAGCCACUUGUGCAAGGUCAACGAGAGAGGAGAGUACAUCUGGGAGAAGAGGGUCACGGGCUGCCCGCCCUUUGAUGAGCACAAAUGUCUGGCUGAGGGCGGGAAAAUCAUGAAAAUUCCAGGCACUUGCUGUGACACAUGUGAGGCUCCUGAGUGCAAGGACGUUGUUGCCAGGGUGCAGUACGUCAAAGUGGGCAGCUGUCAGUCCGAGGAGGAAGUGGACAUUCACUAUUGCCAGGGUAAAUGUGCCAGCAAAGCCGUGUACUCCAUCGACACAGAGGACGUGCAGGACCAGUGUUCCUGCUGCUCGCCCACGCGCACCGUGCCCAUGCAAGUGCCCCUGCGCUGCACCAACGGCUCCAUCGUCCACCAUGAGAUCCUCAACGCCAUGCAGUGCAGGUGCUCCCCCAGGAAGUGCAGCAAGUGAGGCCCCAUGGACUGGGCAUGGGCCUCCUGCCCCGCCCUACCCAAGUGGUACUCAUCCUCUGCAGCCCUGAUCCUGCCGCCCUGGGCCCACAAUAAAGGCCAAUCUCUCAU